AUGACAACAACUUCAGACGAGCAACUGAUUCCCAGGGAAAAGUUGUUUGGAAACCCAAAAUAUGCUAGCCCCAAACUUUCGCCUGAUGGAGCCUAUCUCUCGUUUUUGGCUCCGUCCGUGGAAGACAAUGUUCUCAACGUCUUUGUCAAGAAAACGGACGAACCUUUGGACAACGCCCGAAUGAUUACCAACGACAAGUCACGUGGGAUCCGAAACGCUGGAUGGGCAGAAGAUUCCAAAACAAUUCUGUACAUGCAAGACAAGGAAGGUGACGAAAACUUUCAUCUGUGGGCUAUUGAUGUCGCAUCCGGAGAAGAAGCCCGUGACUUGACCCCUGGAGAAAACGUCAAGGCAUCCAGUCUCAUGACCAACAAGCGCUUCCCGGAUGAGAUUUUGAUUGGUACCAAUGCUCGUGACGAAAAGUGCUUUGAUAUGUACCGAUGCAACUACAAGACUGGAGAGAUGACAUUGGAUACCGAAAACCCAGGUGAUGUUGUGGGUUGGGGAGCUGAGGAUUUCUCAUUUGAGAUCCGGGAAGCAGUUGUCCGAAAUCAAGCAGAUUCUUCGACUACAGUUCGUAUCAGAGACACGUCCAAGGACGAAUGGAGAGAGUUGAUUACUUUUCCAUACGGUGAGAAUGGAGGUCUAGUCGACUGGUGUGCUGAUGGCAAGGCUGCUUAUUUGCAGAGCAGUUUGGGCCGAGAGACAACAGCUUUGUUAAAGAUUGAUCUCAAGACAGGAGAAACUUUGGAAGAAGUCUUUGCUACCGAUAAAUGUGACUGUGGUGGUGUCACUUUGGAUGAGGAUACCAAGGAAAUCCGUGCCGUCACCUACAACUACGCCCGUACUGAGCGCAAGUUCUGGGACAAGGAACUCGAAAACGACUACAAGGUGUUGGAAUCCAUGGCACCUGAAGGCGCUGAAGUUGUCUGCCUGAGUCGAACCAAUGACGAAAAACUAUGGAUCAUUGGGUUUGUCCGAGCUGAUGGACCUACUGAGUAUUUUGUGUACGAUCAGACUGCAAAGUCAACCUCCCCCUUGUUUGUCAGCAAACCAGAGCUUCUUGAUUACAAAUUGGCUCCAAUGGACGAUGUUGUUAUUCCAACUCGAGAUGGAAUGGAGUUGGUAGCUUAUUUGACAAAGGCCAAGACCGAUGAACCAACUCCACUAAUUCUGUUGGUGCACGGAGGACCAUGGGCAAGAGACAGUUGGGGAUUCAAUCCACAGGCACAGUGGUUUGCCAACCGUGGAUAUGCUACGUUGCAAGUGAACUAUCGCGGCUCUACUGGAUAUGGCAAGACCUUUCUGCACAAGGGUGACAAGCAAUGGGGCGUUGGAGAUAUGCAACAUGACUUGACAGACGCUGUCCAAUGGGCCAUUGAACAAGGAAUUGCGGACAAGGACAAGAUCUGUGUCUAUGGUGGCUCUUACGGAGGGUAUGCGUGUCUGGCUGGACUAACCUUCACUCCCGACUUGUAUGCUUGUGGUGUCGACAUUGUUGGACCGUCCAACAUCAAGACGCUGUUGGACUCGAUCCCACCAUACUGGGGUCCACUCCGAAAUGGAAUGCUUCUAAAGAUUGGCGACGUUGAUAGUGACGAAGACUUCAAUAAGAAGAUCUCUCCACUAUUCCACGUAGACAAGAUCAAGGCUCCACUCUUGAUCGGGCAAGGCGCCAAUGAUCCACGAGUCAAGCAGGCUGAAGCUGACCAAAUUGCAUUUUCGAUGAAAGAGAAGGGAAUCCCUGUCGAAUACGUGCUAUAUCCUGAUGAAGGACAUGGCUUUGCUCGCCCAGAUAACCGUAUCGACUUCAAUGGUAGAGCAGAACAGUUCUUAGCAAAGUACCUGGGUGGAAGAGCUGAGGAAUUUGACAGGCCAGAGGGGUCCACUGCCAUGUUCCCUUUGUUGGAGCAGCAAAAGGUAGCAUAG